UGGAGAACCCUCGCACGCUCCAUAAAUACCCCAGCGGAGCUCCGAGAACUUUUCUGUUCUCUUUUCCUGCUCCCAGUAGCCUUCCUCAGUGGGUUUUGGAGGUCGGGCGUCGAGAGAGAGGGAGAGAGGAGGAGAGGGCGGGAAGCUGGGAUUGGCGUUUCUGGUUAUGGGAUUUGAGCGAUGGCGGCGGGGAUGCCAUCGGUGGAGCUGUGCAGGGGCAUCAAUGGCCUCGACAAGGUCGUGCUGAGGGAGGCCAAGGGGUGUUCGGCCGAGGUGUAUCUGUAUGGAGGUCAAGUAACAUCAUGGAAAAAUAUCUAUGGCGAGGAGUUGCUUUUUGUCAGCAGUAAGGCUACCUUCAAGCUUCCAAAAGCAAUACGUGGGGGUAUCCCAAUAUGCUUUCCUCAAUUUGGGAGCCAUGGAGCUCUUGAACUACAUGGGUUUGCCAGGAACAGGUUUUGGAGUAUUGACACUAACCCACCAACUUUUCCAGCACACAGUGUCACUAAAACUUUUGUCGAUUUAAUCCUCAAGCCAUCUGACAAAGACACAAAGAUCUGGCCUCACAGUUAUGAAUUUCGUCUAAGAGUUGCUCUGGCUCGUGGAGGAGCUCUGAUACUGACAUCACGCAUAAGAAACACCAAUACUGAUGGAAGACCAUUCUCAUUUACAUUUGCAUUUCAGACUUACUUUUCUGUCUCUGACAUCAGUGAAGUGCGGGUAGAAGGAUUGGAGACACUGGAUUACCUUGACAACUUGAAGGAGAAGCAGCGCUUCACAGAACAAGGAGAUGCACUUACAUUUGAAUCUGAAGUGGAGAAAAUAUAUUUGAGCACGCCAAUGAAGAUUGCUAUUCUGGAUCAUGAAAAGAAAAGCACAUUUGUUUUGCUAAAAGACGGUCUUCCUGAUGCUGUGGUAUGGAAUCCUUGGGACAAGAAAGCCAAAGCCCUGGCGGAUUUUGGGUAUGAUGAGUAUAAACAUAUGCUUUGCGUGGAGGCGGCAGCCAUUGAGAAGCCCAUCACUCUGAAGCCUGGUCAGGAAUGGAAAGGAACACAAGAGCUAUCUACUGUUCCUUCCAGUUACUGUAGUGGGCAGUUGGAUCCUCAGAAAGUUCUUCAAGGUUGAGAGGUUGUCCUACUGUGUACAUCCUAUAAAGGCAUUCUCCUUCCUGUUGCAUCCUCUUUAUCAAUGCCCUGCAGGGGUAUUCUGGCUGUUUUCGUGCCCAUUCACUUUUUUCCUUUUUCCCAUCUUAUAGGCUAUGGUGUAUCUAAUCUAGAGGCAGAAUUUUAGUGGAAUAGUAGCAACUAGCAACCAUGUUUUACGUGGUCCACAUCUAUCAAGAAGAAAAGGAAUGUCAGCCCAAACCAGAGGGUACAUAAAUCCAAACAUGUUAGACCUACUGCUUGUUUCUUGUAGCAUAUCAUCGCAAGAAACCAAGUUUUUGAGGAUGAGAGAGGCAUGUAAAGGUCUACUGGCCCUUUUUCUGAAUGUAUUAAUCUUUUAUGGGGUUCUGUGCCUUCUGCUAUAAAAACUUUUGGCCCGGGGUCUGAAAGUUAUAUAGCAGUGACGGUGCUUCUAUUAAACCUCUGAGUUCUUCGGGUGGAUUAUCCGAUGUAGUGCCAUCCGAACUGAUAGCGUGCAACUCUAUAUUAUUAGUCCCACUCAGACAAGUGAUGGCCAGAAAAGCUAUCCCUCCAAAAUUGUCAGCUGAUAGCCCAAUCAUGAAUUUAAUCAAUUCUUAUGCACCAUAUCUU